AGACGGAAACAAAAAACGCAAUUUGCGAAUCAAAAACGACCGCAGAAAACAACAAAAAUAAUGUAAAGUGCGACAUGGAGGUUUUCCGGGAUGUUGACAAAGCGUUAUUCCCUAUAAAAACGAUAAACAGCGUGGUGAAACUGUUUAAGAACCAAUUGGACGGGACCGCGGAACCCGACUUGGCCUUACUGUCGAUCGUCACCGGCCUCCUCGAGAAUCAACUGACCAGCAGGACAAACGGGGCAGGUCAAAUUGCGGAUAAUACGCCGGAUAGUAACAAUUUGCCCCGGUUCGAGCUGGAAACCGUGCAGAAAUUAUACGAAAAGUUUCGUUUGAUUGUUACUGGAUCGGUGGAGCCCAAUAAGACAAAAGUCUACUCUUCGAGGGAGCUUGUCAAGAGGGUAUCAGACGUAAUAUGGAACAGCCUCACAAGAAGCUACUACAAAGACAGAGCCCAUUUACAAAGCCUCUACAGCUACCUGACUGGCUGUAAACUAGACUGUUUCGGUGUGGCUUUCGCUGUAGUAGCCGCAUGUCAAGUUUUAGGCUACGACGAUGUACAUCUGGCACUAUCCGAGGACCAUGCUUGGGUCGUUUUUGGCCCUAACGGAUCGGAAACCGCAGAAGUGACGUGGCACGGUAAAGGUAACGAAGACAAAAGGGGUCAAGAAAUCGGCAAAGGAGUUUCGGCAAGGUCUUGGUUAUAUGUCAAUAAUAAACCAGUGGUUUGCACCAGGGAAAUGGAGGUGGCGGCACUAGUUUCUGCGAUAAAUCCUUCCCUAAAUGCCAACGUUGACGCCAUAGAAGUUGCGGAGUUGCAACAGGAGUUACUUUGGUUACUCUACGACUUGGGGCAUUUAAAAAAGUAUCCGAUGGCCAUAGGAAACCUUGGAGAUUUAGAGGAGAUUUCCCCGAUUAGGUCGGAUAUAUCUUGCAGUAAGUUAUUUGAAGAAGCUAUAGAGGCUGCUAGAAGGUUCUACAGUAACCAGCAUGUCUACCCAUACACUUAUCAGGGAGGUUAUUACUACAGGCAUAAAAUGUACAAAGAAGCUUUUGAAAGUUGGGCUAACGCCAGUGAUGUGAUAAGAUUGUAUAACUAUUCAAGGGACGACGAGGAGAUCUACAAAGAGUUUCUAGAAAUCGCAAACGAACUGAUCCCGUAUAUAAUGAAAAUGGAGAGUUCCGGGUUCGAGGCGAACACGAUAUUAAAGAAGGCGGAAUGUUUUGCGAAUUUGUUGAGAUUUUACGACGGGAUUUGCCAGUGGGAGGAGGGCAGCGCCACUCCGGUACUUCAUAUUGGCUGGGCGAAGCCUUUGGUCAACACCAUUUCGAAAUUUGAUGCCGACGUUAGGGCACAAGUCAAUAUCGUUUGCGAUACGCAAGAAGAGAAACUACAUGGGAAGAAAAAUGGUUCCAUAUUCAACAACAACAAUAACAACUAUGAAAAAGAAUCGGCACCAGUAAAACCGCCAAUAAAAGGACCGACCAGCCAAAAUUUCCAUCCUACCAUUGAGGCAUUAACGGCGGCCUGUUCCGAAAAACUCCUGAACCCCGAGUAUUUGCUUCAGGGAGACGGAUCCCCGUUUGUCGGAGCCAGCAAAGACCCCACGUCGACAGACAUAAAAAUAAAAAUUGAAAUGCCAGAGGAACCCACCGAUAACGCAGUCCGUUCCGAGGAUGGUAUGGAGAAUGUUGAGCAGGAACAGGAAAAUGUGCCAGUUAAACAGGAGGAAAUCGGUGGAGAAUACACGAUCCCGACGAUUCCAAAAAAAGAGGACGAAGAAAAAGAAAACGGCAAACCGGGCACCUCGAAGUCACCAGAUUUCUUAACCAAAGAGGACGGACACACGUACGAGGAGGAAAUGCAAAAGAAAACCCGACCGACGGUCAUUUUACACAGUCAAAAAAUGAAGGAAUUAAAAGACCUACUUUUGGCGGAAAAACUGAACACGCACGCCAUCUCUUUGCACCUGACCGCGCAGUCGCAAGUGCAGGUGGGCAAAAAAGGCAGGAGCGAUUCGACGGACACGUCGUCGGUGAGGCCGAAACGCACGCGCAGAGAGUAAACGUCAAAGAAAGACAAGAGAACGACAAAAAAAAAUUACAAACGCUUACUGUAAGUACUUAAAAUGUAUGAUAGGGCAUUCUUACAAUCUUAUCCCCCAUUAAACAAACAAACAAAAUAUAUUUAAAAUUGCUUUAAUCACGUAAACCUGAAAGUCUUUCUCCAAUCAGGAAAUAGGUCUAAUUAAAUAAUAGUUUAGAAUCGGUGUCGUAGAUUGUAACGUUAACGAUAAGCUCGCUCUACAUUAGUGUAGUGUUAUUAAGCACUGAGUAUUUAUGAUUUUGUGAUUAUUUUGCACCUUUAGGCCCGGCGGUUUUUUAAUUUUGACCUCUUAGUUUACUGCUGGAUGCCUAAGUUUAGGUAAUUAAGCGCUUGCCAUUUCAAUUCAGCUAAUUUUAAUAAGUAGUCUGAGCAGUAUUAGUACUUUUAUUGAGAUCUGAACCUCCCUAUUUUGAAUGCAAUUUAAUGUAAGGCCGCGUGUCGUUUAUUAAGUUUUAGCUCUUAGUAUUCGCUUUUUUGUUAGUUAUAAGGUUUCGUCAAGGGGUGAAAGAAUGUUUUGAGUUAGUUAGAAAGCCAUAAGGGUAUGUUGGUGAUAAUUAUGUUAUUUAUUUAUUUACAACAAACCACCUUACAGGUAACAAACCCAAUUAUAAGGUAGAUAAAUAAAUACUAAAAAUUGUACAGAAGAUAACUAUCUUAAAAAAAUAAUAAUAAAUUGAAGGCUACAAAAAAAAUGUAAUUAAUUAAAAUUAAUGUUUAAUUAAUUAUAAUGUCUUUAUAAAUAAAUUGAUCCUUAACCCAUUGGUCUUGAAAAAAAGUCAAAAUUAUUAACAUUUAGGAAAUAUUUAUUAUUGGAGAAGUAAAUAUUCCCAAAAAAAAAACAAUAAAAAUAAAAAAAUUGUUUAUAUAUUUAGAAAGGAAAGUGUCCCCUUUAAACGACGCCAUGCAUAAUAAACAAGUAAACUAAAUAAAUAAAAUUUGUUGUGGUAUGUGGUAAAACAAAGUUUAGAGUGUAAGCCUAUGUCACACUUAAGACAAUUAGACUUUUUUUUACAAAAAGUACAACUUUUAUGAGUGUGAAAAUAUGAAACUAAAUUAUUCAGUCUUGAGUCGGCAGGCAAUGUUGGUGGCAUUUUUUCCUUUUAAGACUUCACUCCAUAUAAAUGAAGUAACGCCAAUGCUAAGUUUGCUCAAGAGGAGCAAAAACUGCAGUUUCGGAAUGAAUGAGUUUCAUUAGUAACCAAGCAUUUUUACUACAGAUAAUCAAACAUAUAGACAAAAAUUGGCCACCACCAUUUUCUUUGUUGAGCAAAGUUGAAGUCGAGCAACAUUUAUUUUAGACUUAGUCUCCCUAUAGUAUCGUUGUGUAAUUUUACUAGUAGAAGUGUCAAAGUUGGAAGCCACUGACACUAUUUUAUCAACUACAAGAUCUUCAGAUAAUGCAAGAUUGAUUCUUUAAUUGACCAUGAUUCUUUAAUUCUUUAUUUUAUUCUUUCUUGUGUGGACUUCAGACGACAAUUUUCUGUUCGAUUCCCUCUCAAUGUUCCUGUUGUGUCAAAUCCUUUUUGAGGUAAGUAAGAAAGCAGCUUUAAAAUGUAAAAUAGUUAUCAAAGUAAAUUUGAUAUCCUAUUUCAAUAAGGGGCCGAACCUUGUAGAAUCGAUCUUCUUUAUCAACUUUUGAAUUAUCAUUCAAAUGUUAUUUUCGCAUUAAUUGCUCGAACCUAUUUAGUCAAUUACUAUCAGCAAGAAUUCUUAGUACAUCCUUUUGUUUGUAUAUUUUAUAAUUUUUUAAGUGUCAGAUUCAGGUUCAAAUUACAUUGAGCUGUAUAAAUAUUAGACUGUGUUACAAUGUGUUCGCAUAAAUGGAAAAAUAUUAGGGGCCUGUUCAAUUUUAGGUGUAUCAAAUCAGGGGGUUGUUCUGAAUGACACUCAGUAUUUAUAGCAAAUAAUAGUUCAUGAAGCUUCCACCCUUUGUGACUUUUUAGUAUUGCUUUGUUUUUCAGAGUUUUUUUCUUUGAUACAAGCUGGUUCUUUUUUUUUUGUUACUAAGUGGGACAGUGCAAAUUCGUCCUCUGAAGUGGGGUACAUUUCGUCUAAACAAAAGUGCUUCACAUUAUGUGCCGUAUCAGGCUCAUCUUCUUUAAUAUGGCCUAACAAUGGAUGAAGAGUCAAUGUGAAUUAAAAACCCAUAAAAUAUAACUGACCCUAAUGCAUAGCGUCCUCUAUAGGAGACACCCAAAUAUAGGGCCAUAUUGCAAGAAACUAAAGUGGAAUUUGUCUGUAAUAUGUAAAGGACUUUAUAUAUACAUUAUUCCUUUACUAGUAAAACAUGAUUUUACUGCAAAAAUAUUGAGAUAUUCACAAAAUACAAGAAAAACGAACCUGCUGCACUUAAUUGAAUUUACACUUUCAUGCUACAGUUCAAAACUGUAACACAAGGGUAAAAAUUGUACCUCUUUAUUAUUCAAACAUUACAAGCACUGUCACCCAGAAAUAAUAGAAAAUAAUAAACAACGAGUUGUGUGAUAUUUUACCACAUUGACGUGCAUUGUUUUUAUGUUUUAUCGGCGUCGCCUACCCCUAAAAGCGACUAUCUGCACUAACGGGUUAAACAAUACAUAUAUUAUUUAUAAGAAUAUUGUUUACUGCAGAUCUUCAUGCAUUCUUUAACGCAUCUAUCAGUAUGAAAUUGUAUAUUCAACGUGUCGUAUAUGGGACCGCAUUUUCAACCAUAAAAGAACUGCUUGUUCUUAUAUUAAGUUUUUUUUUCAUAAUAUUAAAUACAAGAUUCACCUUUAAGAGACAAAAUAUUCAUUAUGUGUACAGACUAGGAUCGUUGGUUUAUCCGUUAGGCUUCAAAAAAAACUUACGUUGACGGCUACCUAAUUGUAUGUCGAGGGUCGAGUCAUUGAAUUAGUGUAUUAUAUUAACGCUUUGGAUAAAUUAAGGCCAAAGUUAUGAGUAAAGGUAUACUGCUAGGGGACGAGCCGAAAUAAAUAAAAAUGAUUUAUCUGCAACAAACUGCAAGAUAUAUUUUAGUGUAUUUUUCAAAAAACACAUAUCUUAAAUUAUUAAACACCCAAGUAAACUAAUACAAAGUUACUGCACCUCUAAAAUUAAAAAAACCUUUUAGGAAUGUUGUUUUUUCAGUUAUUUUCUACAAUUAGAACGCUUCAAUUAAUUCUCACCAUUAAAGUAACUCAAAAAACCUUUUUCACCCCUUUAAACCAACUGGGUAAUUUCUGGCAGCACAAAACCUGUCAAACUGUUAACAUUCCUCUUUUGUGAUUAGAUCACGCACGCGUAAAUAAAUAAGUUUGUUGAUAGCGUUAUUAUUUCGUUGUAAAUAGUCCUUGUGUGUUUUUUUAUUAUUAUUAUUAUUAUUUAUUUAGCACAAUUUUUAGCUUUUUUCGCGUUAAUUAUUGCACUUUUAACCGCUCGUUUAAUAGAACCAGUGCAAUCAUUUUAGACAAGACUAUUAUAAUCAAAAUAGACUUUUGUGAUGCUCAGGUUGUCGUCUUUGUUUCGCUGAUGCACCCUUAGAUGUUCGUUUUCAUCAAUAUUAUAGUACUAUAGUACAAGAAACCUCCCCUAUAUACCUUAUUAGUGUUAUACUAAAUUAACUAUAGAAAAAAGCUGAUUUUAUUUUUAUAUAUUUGGUAUUUAUUGUAUAAAAUUUAAAUGUAAUAAUUGUGAAGUGGUACAAUAAUAUCUUGGAAAAUAAAAUAUUUAAAACGUGUUAUUGCCGUAAAGUUUAGUAAAUUAUAUCGUACAAGGUUUUCGCUUGGAUUGUAAACACAUUGAUCCCCCUUUUUCGUUUUUUUUUUUUAAUUAGUGCCAUUUUAACUACCCCAAAUUUCUCCCAGUUAUUGUUGAAUUAGUUAAUUUUAUAAGUUCGAAUUUACAUUGUAGUCUGUGAUGAAGCAAGGGUGACUAAUGUAUUUAUUCUAUUAACGUAGUUAUUGUUAGAUUGAGUAUUUUUGUAAAGGAUAAAAUUUAUUAGAUGAGAUGUAAUAUUGCGUAGGUAAGGACAACAUGACUUUUUUACCUUCUCUAAUUGAUGUUUAUUUUGUUUUUGAUACGGUGCAUAUCAAAAGUAUCGUUUAACUUUUUCCUGUAUACUAUUAACGUUUCUAAAUGGAUUUUUUCGUACUUUUGGGAUGCUCUGUGUAAUAAUCACGUUUUAUUACUUACUGUCUCUUUAAUAUUUCCCAGGUGUUGUCCUGAUUACAAAUAAUGAUGUACAAAAUUGAAAUUACUUUAAAUUAUUUACUGUGUAUACCUUUAGAUCCUUAGAACCAUUCUCUUAUACAUUUAAGCCCACAAAUAAAUUAUUAAUGAUUAGA